AUGCACUCAGGGGCGUCUCCACUUCGGUCAAAAGGGGCGAGGUUGUCGUUAUCCUGGGGCCCUCAGGCUCCGGAAAAAUCCACCCUGAUCCGUACCAUUAACCGGCUGGAGCAGCACCAGCGGGGCGACAUUAUCGUAGACGGCAUCGAGCUUAGCGGGGACGUUCGCAACAUCGAUGCCAUCCGACGCGAAGUGGGAAUGGUUUUCCAGUCCUUCAACCUUUUCCCACAUUUGUCAGUUAUGCAGAACAUCACCCUUGCCCCCAUCAAGGUAAGGCACUGGAGCAAGGGCGAGGCCGAAGAGGUGGCUAAUGAACUGCUGACCCGCGUGGGGAUCCCGGAGCAGGCUUACAAGUUUCCCUCGGAGCUUUCCGGUGGGCAGCAGCAGCGGGUUGCCAUUGCUCGGGCCCUGGCCAUGCAGCCCAAGAUCAUGCUCUUCGACGAACCCACCUCAGCCCUGGAUCCGGAAAUGAUCAAGGAAGUGCUGGACGUGAUGCGCGAACUGGCCGGCAGUGGUAUGACCAUGCUGACGGUAACUCACGAAAUCGGCUUCGCCCGGGAAGUAGCUGACCGGGUCAUCAUGAUGGACGAGGGAAACAUCGUAGAAGAGGCCGAGCCCAACGCCUUCUUCACCAAUCCCCAGCACGAGCGGGCCCAACUGUUCCUGUCCCAGAUCCUUUAA